GUGACUUUUUGGCUACAUAUCAUACCGGAAUAUACCCUGCGUUCUCCAUUCCGGUCUGGAUUGACUUUUUUUGGCACUCGCCGCGUUUGUCACGGAUGCGUGUUAGGGAUUGGGCUGUGCUGUGCUGUGCUGUACAGUGCUCGUACUCGAGUAUAGUACCGUACCGUAUCAUACACCCAUACAAGUGUUACUACCCGACGGCCGGGCGCGACCGGCAGCGCAUGCUAUGCUCUUCUCCCCGAGCCCGCCGACGAGAAUCGGAGAUAUUACAGUACAUUAUCACACUGUACUCUGCCAUCAAACCAAAACACUUCCAUCACCCGACGGGGCUCUCAUUAUUAUAAUUCACUUUCGCAACCGAAUCCACUCGACGAAUUGGGAUUUUGAUGGAAGGCUCGGUUUUACCACCACUCCUCCCCCAUCCCAUCCCAUCCCAUCCCAUCCCAUCCUAGAGGGUGCGGGUUGAUUUGGAUGGUCGGGAUUUGGUUGGUGGGUUUUAUCUGUCGUGUGAGAGAAGGUAUGAUAUUACUUUGUGCUUAUGAUGCCUCGCAAUUUGGAAUACGUCCUUUCUCCGAGCGCGGUGGGGAGUUUUUUUCUUUUUUUCUUUUCUUUUUUGGAAGCCUUGAGGGGUUCAUGUUGUGCGGGUUUUGAGGUGUGGUUAGGGUUAUGUCGGUUUGGGAUAAGGAUAGUGGGGGGGGAGGAAGUUGUGGUGGGAUGGCCUGGUCCGGUAUCGUAUUUAUCUCUCCCGUGUUGUUUAGGUUUUUGUUAACUGAUUGUCAUUGGAUCGCGCGAGGUUGGGUAUCUAUGUGUGGUGGUGCCUAAUAGAGACUUUGCGAUUUCGCAUCAAGAGUCCCAGUCAAAUCCUAGCCGUCUCAUUGGUCCGGAACCUCGUUUGACUCGCAUCUAGACUUUCGCAAAAGUCUCGAAUUAGCGGGUUUCGGUCGAUAUGGUCUGUGGUGGUGCUUUUCCAUACGAUACCUUCAUGUGGUUUCAAAAGGGUGGGUGAAAAAUGGUAAGAGUGGUGGGUAGCCUUUUUGUUUGCUACCCGGGUAAUAUAUAUAUAUACACAACUUGUUUGAGAGGGGUGGGGGUGGGGGUGGGGAAGUUUGGUGAUUGGAAUUGUUUGUCUCUGGUUGACGAGCCGUUUUUCAGUGAGGGCGCUAGUCUAGCCUCCUUGCACGCUCCGCUCCACCACUCUGUCAAUACUAAUCAACUUCUAGAGGAUGCGAAGGGGUAUUUACUCAAUCCUGGUGGGUUGCCGUGGGAUGGGCUUAUUUCAGUCCCUUCCCUAUCUUUUAUUUCCUUCCUCGGAGGAGCUUGGGCACUCUACACUGAUAGGUUAGUAUCCUUGGCUGAGCAUCCCUCCCUCCUCUGGUAGAGUCUGGAAGCUGAAAAUCUGGGUAGGGAUCAUGUUCAUCACAAUAAAUCACUCGUGUAGUUUUGAACCCGAGAUAUAUGGGGCUAGGAGUGUUGAGAACUAUAGAUGAAGCUUGUCAUGAGUAUUUGUUUGCGUACGUGCUUGCACACGCACGCGGACUGCGCUGUGCCCUGGGAAAGCCUAUAGCUACCAUGUUUUGAAGAAAUAAUAGGGCCCCAAUAAUUCAUAUGAGGAUUUGUGCGGGGACUAAUUUCACUCACUCAAUUAUACCUCUUCCAGCCCAGAAAAUUUCUGAAGGGGCCGGG